CAGGAAGACCUUUGUUUCGGAAUUGGGAAGAAGCUCCGUCAUUUCACUUCCCUCCCCAGCCCCUUUUCCUCAGCUUGGGAAACCAGGGCCCCUGAGCUGCUGUCCCGCCCCAAGGCCCAGCUGCAAUGGCCACAGCCGGGCCCACAGACAAGUUGGAGGAGGAAGCCAAGUGUCCCAUCUGCCUGGACUUCCUGGCCGACCCGGUGACCAUCGACUGCGGGCACAACUUCUGCUGCCGCUGCAUCACCUGGCACUGCCACGCGAAGGCCGGGGACCACAGGGCCAAGCUGUGCCCUCUGUGCCGGACCCCCUACCGCAAGGAGAACUUCAGAGCCAACAAGCAGCUGGGAAGCCUGGUGGAGAGGGUCCGGGAGCUGUGCCAGCCGCCCAGAGCAGGAGAGGAAAGGCGUCAGCCCGUGACCAAGGCCUCGCAGCAGGGCCCGGGCCAGGUGCCCGGCGUGGCUCGGCCCAAGCAAGGCUCCCUGCCCCGGGUGGCCUUACAGAACCUCUUACGGACUCUCAGGGCUCCCAGCUCGCCCCUUCAGCAGCAACAGGUGCUUAACAUCCUCUGUUCCAACCCCCAGCUGCUCACUGCUUUCAUCAGUCAGCGGGCCGCCAAGUACGCGGGGACCCAGAACCCGCCGGGCCUGCCCGGGCAGCCUGGCAUGUCACAGGGCCAGCCGGGGCUGCAGCUGCAACCCACCGUGCAGGGGCGGCAGGGGAUGGGGCAUCCCAACCCAGUCGUGCCAAACAUGCCACCUCUGCCAGCCCGAGUUGCCCAGCUGGGAGGAGAGUCUAUUUAGGUGCGGGAUCAGUAAGCCGAGGGGUUGACAGUGAGCGGAUUAGGGGAGGCCUCAAGAACAGCCUCUCCACCUAAGGGUGUGCUGUCCUGCUUAUUAAGUCAGCAGAAUGGCCUAAUAAUAAU